CCUCAAUGUGGUGAUGUGAUCUCACAUAUUUCAGGAGUCCUCGGUGCACUGAGCUUUCCUUAACCUGGCAGAAUUUGACCAGAUACAGACUCCUCAUCUGACUGACAACUCUGAGAAAGGCUGGUCUCAAGACAAGAAUGGAGAAAAUUAAUACAACAGAAUUAUAUGGUGGAAAUGGCUCUCUGUAUGACUACUAUGAAUAUGACUUUGAGAACAAAGAUGCUGAACUGACACAGUCUCUUCACACUAUGUCUCUCAUCGUUUACUGCCUGGCCUUCAUUCUUGGUGUGCUCGGUAAUGGAGUGGUUAUCUGGGUGACCGGGUUCAAGAUGAAGAAAACAGUUAACACAGUUUGGUUCCUCAACCUUGCUGUGGCCGACUUCCUCUUCACAGCAUUCCUGCCUCUGGGUGUGACAUACACAGCCAUGGAUUUCCACUGGCCUUUUGGUAACUUCAUGUGCAAACUGAACAGCACCAUAAACUCUCUGAACAUGUUUGCCAGUGUCUACAUCCUGGUGGUGAUCAGUGUGGACAGAUGUGUGUCUGUGGUGUGGCCCGUCUGGGCCCAGAACCACAGAAAUGUACGCGAGGCAUCCUACGUGAGUCUGGGUGUUUGGGUACUGGCUCUGAUUCUCAGCGCUCCAAACUUCAUCUUCAGGGACACCACGCCAUCAAAUUCUAAUGAAGACGCCAUCAGAUGCUUCAACAACUUUGCUCUGUCAGAUGAUUAUGAAACAGAAUCUGUGCAACAGUUACAAAGCUUUCGUCAUCAGGCUGUGAUCAUCACCCGCUUCAUCCUGGGAUUUGUUGUCCCCUUCACUGUCAUUGUCUCCUGCUAUGCUGUGAUAAUCCAUCGUCUGAGGAGGAACCGCACCCUGGCCAACCAGUCAAGUCGAACCUUUAAGAUCAUCGCUGCCGUCAUCACCACUUUUUUCCUGUGCUGGGCUCCUUUUCACAUCCUGACUCUAAUUGAGAUGGUGAAUCACACAACUGAUUCAGAUGAAAUAUUAUACCAUGUCACUGCUGUCGGUGUCCCUAUAGCCACCAGUCUGGCCUUUCUCAACAGUUGCCUGAACCCCCUGCUGUAUGUGUUCAUGGGCCAAGAUUUUAGGGAUAUAGUCCGCAAAUCCAUCUUGAGGGUUCUCGAGACUGCCUUCAAGGAGGAGGAGACACACUCUUGUACCCACGCAAACUCAAUGGUCACCAGUUGCAGUAAAGAGCAGUCUGUUACUGAUGCUGAGGUAUAAGGUUGCCCAUGAUAUGAAUAAACCCAUAGUAUGAAUAAACAAACUGUACAUAACUACUUUAACUGUGAAUGAAUGUAUAUAACAAAUAACUUUUCUUUGACAUUUAUUGUUUUUUAUUCAAGGACGCUCAAGACCAUUUCUAUACAUUGUAUGAGAUUAGAACAAUUCACCUGUUACAGUGUGAUUGAUAUGAGUUUAAUGAUUAGCUGACUAUUCAGAUCUACAAAAAAAUAAAAUCUUUCUUUUAACUACACUUUGCAGAGCAGACUAAUAAUCAUAGUGUACAGUGAGCUGUAGAUCAAUUUGUGAUGCAAUUGUGGGCUAACAUAGUUUGAACUGACAGAAAAGUGAAAUUUU